AUUUAUUAAUUUGGUCUAAACCUGUUUUUGACAAAAUUCUUGAUGAAAAUCACAAUACAAUUACAAAUGAUACAGUUUACAAGUUACUAAAAGAUGAAGAUAAAACUUUUUUUAGUACUUGUCAUCGAAUAAUCACAAUAUUUCAUCCAAUUAAAGAAAUAAUAACUGUAUUAGAAUUACAAACUGCUAAUUUAGCUAAUUGCUUUAUUAAUUUAAUACGAUUAGGUGCUACAAUUAAUAAGCUAUCAAAUAAUAAUUCAUUUAAAAUGAAUGCUAUUAAUAUUUUUAAUAAACAAUAUGCAAGUCUUGAUAUAAAUAUUUAUUUACUUGCAUAUUAUCUUUAUCCUCAAUAUUGUGAAAAUGGGUUAAAAGAACAGACUGCAUUUGCUAAUUGGGAAGAUUCUUGUAAGCCAAUCUAUAAAGAUAUCAAUAUCGAAUCUCAGCAACAAGUUGUUGAAAAAUUAGAAAUUG